GUUCGAAUCGGAUUCGGAGUUCGGACAUUCGGACCACGGUUUUUUUUCGUAUUCGACUUGAAAAUCAAGAGAUAUUUUGCAUACAUUUUUACAUAAAAGCUAGUAUGUAACUAAUUUUAACAUUGUAUAUUUAUUAAAAUAAACUGCUAAAAUCUUAAAAGUAUCGUACUCUACCGUUCAAUUAAUAUUAUAUAGAUUUAAUUUUGUUACCGCGGGAAAACGACGAUAGGUUUGACUACUAUAAUGGCCGCAAUAGCGCCAAUGCUUUUAGUGUUUGUCCAUCUAAUAUGAAUUCCAAAAACAAAUUAUGGUGGUUAAAGCCUGCCUUCGAAAUUGAAAAGCAGGUUUAAAAUGGAUAUUAACGCUGUGUGUUUCUGCAAAGGUCUCAACACAGUUGUCUCUGAUCGAUGCUCUCCUGAACGAUUUUGACAAGACAAUUACACCAUGCACUAACAAAAAGAAUGAGAAAAAAGAAGAAGAAACACAGGAUGCCAUGCCAGACUCUACGACCAACACGGAAAAGAAUAAUGGAAACCCUUUCCACUGUGGUGAUGAUGUACUGGUACCCAACAAAGAUGGGAGAUAUUAUUUAGGGACAAUAGUAGAGCUGAGCACCAGCAAUGACAAUGACUCGUGCGAAGUGGGCACGGGCCUGGCGCGCUGCCUGGUCAAGUUCGGCGACGGGACCCACGCGUGGGCGGCCGUGUCGUCGCUCAAGCUGCUCAGCGUGCCGCCGGCGGACGACGGCCGCAUCAUGUGCGUCGUGUGCAAGCGGCGCGAGGGCCCGGCCGCCAGCCCCGCCGCCAACGCGAUCAUCGCGUGCGACAUGUGCGGCCGCGGCUACCACGCCAAGUGUCACACGCCGCCCGUUGAAUCCUGGAUAAGCGGAGCAUCAUGGCACUGCAAGCGGUGUGUGGAGCAGAGGUACCGCGUGGCCGCGGCUGAGAACCGCGCGCUGAAGAGGUCCGACUUGUUCCGGUUCAAGGGAGGCCAGCAGAGGCGUCAGCAGCAGGAACUCACGCCGCCGUGUGACACUGCAUCUACAACGUCGUCCACCGCAUCUGAAGCUGGCAAGGACCAACAUGAGGCCCAUUGUUAUUGUGGCGAGAAGAGUGAUUGGCUCGCACAAAUGUUACUAUGCUGUCGAUGUUCCCGCUGGUUUCACCAAAGAUGCGUUUCGAGUUUGCAGUAUCCGCUUUAUGCGGGGGAUAAGUUGUACAUAUUCGCGUGUGCGAACUGCAACGGCGGCGUGGAGUACCUGCGUCGGCUGGAGCUGUGCUGGUUAGAGCUGGCGCACCUGGCGCUGUUCAACCUCACCGCCUACAACGCGCCCAACUACUUCGACCUGGACACCGUCAUCAUGCCCUACAUCAUGGACAACUGGCACGCGCUGCAGCUGCCCGAAAAGAUGUGGCGGACUCCGGUGACCGAGCGACGGGAAAAAAUCCUAACCGCUCUGACUUCGUCGCGGAAACGCUUCAAAUGUGGACGAGAGAUGAAGAAACGCGCGACCAUAUGGGGCUUGCGCCUGCGCCGGCCGCCGCCCCCGCCGCUGCAGCUCUCUGCUUUAGAGCAGGUAAAAGAAGGGGAGCCGCUGACUGACAAGCUUGUAAGAGAGUACGCCCCGCGGUUACGAUUCCUGUCAAGAGCUCCUUCACCGCACACUGAAUUUGAUGAUAGUUUGCAGCCUUCCAGUAGUAACAACGAAAAAAGUUCCUAUAAGAGUCCAACCCAACGCAUGAUAGUUCCAGUAGAUGGCCACUGGUUAAAUCUUAUGAUGGGGAAACGGUUCCACGAAAACUUGAACUCGAACUCCAAUUCCGAGAACGAUUCUGCAAGUUCCUACGAAUCGGUCAAAACGACGGAGCGCGACGAGCAGCCGUCGCCCACCGUGUGCACGUCCACCGCGAGGAAAUCCGAUGCCAAAGAUGACGCUUUAGAUAAAGUGACACAAGUUCACGAAAACGAGUCUAAUGAAGCUAAAUCGAUCUGUGAGAACUCUCCCGUGCCAUCGCUCGACACGUCGCCGCUCCCGUGCUCGGUCCUACUGGACAAGAUACCCAAAGACACUGAAGACAUCAACGCGAGCAAUAACGACACAUGUAACAUAAACCUUAAUACGCAUACUUCGAGGAUAGCCACGAUGAACCUGGAAGUGUCCAAGUUAUCCACUAAGAACAUUAUUGAACAUUCCAAAAUAAUGUCGCUGCAGCACAUGGACAGUUUACCUCCGUAUAGUAAUAGUUUCACCCACGAAAUCGAGUCCUCGGGAGACGAAACGUCGAGUAGAGGCACGCUAGACGCUAUAAUACCACCGCUAAAAGAUUUUCAGGGCAAAAAUAACCCUUUCCUAAUGAAGAAUACAUAUCCAUCGAAAACCCCGUUUUCGUCAAAUAUGAAUUUGUACAAUAAGCAGAACGGGCGGAGUCAGUAUCAUUCUCGGUUUUCGUUGCCCAAUCAAUUGAAUCCACUAAUGGGGCCGAUGAUAAGACCGUUGAAAAGAAAACUAAGCGAAAAGGAUAUUGUUAUUGGUCCGAAUGGAGAAGUAAAGCGACGGAAGUACAGACGGCCGCGGAAACAUCUUCAACUGCAGCUCAAUAAAUCUUGUCCACUGCCCGAUGACGCUUCUAAGACAGCUCAGAUGCCAACAGAAAACGGUGAUGUGACGCCGCCCGCCACGCAUAGUAUGAACAACGUCAAAUUCCAUGGUAGAAGAUUAAGACAGAGACCAGAGAAAAACUACUAUGAGAACGCGCGAAGAAAUACAACCAAUAGCGCCAAUAGUAACAAUAGCGUAAAGAGUUUACAGUUGAGUCCACAUAAAGCCAGCAGCGGCACCGCCGAAGUCGAUGCUCGGCAACUGUCGGCGUUGAAGUCCAGUGUACAGUCGUACUUUAGAGCGGGACAGACGUUCCGCGUUCUCGCGCGAAGAGUCGCGCCGGGACACCCCCCAGCCUACCUCAUAGAGUGGGACUCCGCUUCGUAGUACGAGGCGAACAUGAAUUUAUUUAAAUAUACAUUUUAAUGUAAUUUUAAUAUAUAAGUGCUUGUCUGUAGCAUAUUCUAGUUGUACAGUAAGAUCAAGGAAUGUGAUAUAUUAUUAUUCCAAUCU